GUGUGCUCAGAUAGACUAACAGACAUCUCAGUGUUUCACGCCAAAGAAAUGCGCUGUAGCAGAUGAAUGCUACAUGACAGACAGCAUCUCAUCCUCCCUGUCUGAUAAAGGAGGCAUGGUGAAACAUGAGCAGACAGGAGUGUAGACUGAGAGCUCGGUGUUGAUUGCAAAGGUCUGUCAAAGCUAGAUCUCCUGAAUUCCAAUGGUCCCAUCUCCCUCUCCGUCUCCCCCUCUCCUUCUCCUCCUCCUCCUCCUCCUCCUCCUCUCUCACAGCAUCCAGCAGCUGCGCCUCUCAUGCCUUUCCUGACGCUGAGCGAAGCCUCCCAUACAGAUGAGCGCUCGAAGCCACGCACCUCUUGACGUAGCCACAGACCGGUUGCAGUGCCACUCGGUCUCCGUAGCACGUAUUGCGCAACGUGACUGAUGCUCAACUGGCUCCACGGCGGGCACAUCCGGCUCCCACCGUCGCGUGAAUUCAUUAGAAAGUGGUCUCAUAACAGCGGAGACAACAGCCGAGGCAUCGCCGAGGUGCUGUGGAGGAACCAUCCGCCGCUCCUCGCCUGGACUGGACCCUCCCCUUGUCAUUGCCACCGGGAGAGAUGAGUCGAGCGCGCGGCGUCGGGGUGCAGUCGUGAUGUGACUGUGUGAGCGCACGAGCCUCCACCGUAGUAUCGGCAGCUUGAAGACCGCCCAGAAGGUGCGAGCAGUGAGAAUCGGUGUUUUCGGUGUGAAGCAGAGGUGAUGGCUUCGUCUGACAGCGUGCAGGCAACGCAGCAGCGGCGGAGCGAGCCGUGACCACAGCUGGAUUUCAGGAGCUAUGUCCGUGGGUACCGAGCCUCCGUCCGCCUGUAGUCGACAGCAUCAGUGUGCCCUCUCGGUGUGGCGCCUCGGGGGUCCUCGCUAAAGUCCAGGGACACGCGGUUCCAGCAGAGCGCACCUACCUGGAGUCGAGGAGAGGUUGCUGCUUGUUGUAAGGCCGGGCUUUCUGCAGCCCACUCCCCGCCUGCCUCCCCGCAUCCUCCGCGGCGUCUCUGUGCCGCGAGCGCACCGCGUCCACACUACAUGGCAGCGGACAUCACCACAAUCACUACCUGAGUCUUUGCCUCCCUGCGGGCCAUACAUACCUUUACAGCUAAGACCAACAUUAAUCGACGUGUGGAAUCGGAGCAGCGCCGUGUCUAUGCGCCUCACUCACACCGCCCCGGAAAGGACUUCUUGCCAUUGAGAGCUGGAUAUGCAGAGAUUAACGUGAGAGGAUGGAUCUAAUUAUCUGUGUUUUGGGGCUGCUGGCGCUGGUCGUGGAGGGCAUCCGUUGCCAAGGAGUGUACGCACCUCCGACUGUCCGCAUUAUACACUCAGGGCAUGCCUGUAAUGUUGAGGAGGAGAGGCACACAGAGCGAGUCUACACCAUCAGAGAGGGAGAGACCCUGGAGCUCACCUGUCUGGUGACGGGACAUCCUCGACCACAGAUCCGAUGGACCAAGACAGCCGGCAGUGUGUCGGACCGCUUCCAGGACUCCAGUGUGUUCAAUGAGACGUUGCACAUUGCAGAGAUCCUGAGGACCCAGGGAGGUCGCUACUACUGCAAGGCUGAGAACGGCCUUGGGUCUCCUGCCAUCAAGUCCAUCAGGGUGGACGUCUACUACCUUGAUGACCCGGUAGUGACGGUGCACCAGAGCAUAGGAGAAGCUAAGGAGCAGUUCUACUAUGAGAGGACCGUGUUUCUGCGCUGCGUGGCCAAUUCCAACCCACCUGUCCGCUACAGCUGGCAUCGUGGGAGAGAGGUCCUGACGCAGGGCUCGGACAAGGGGGUGGAGAUCUACGAGCCCUUUUCACUCAGUGCGACACAUCUCCUCCUCAUAGAGCUGAUCAGGUUGUUGAUUGUGGAAUGUUUGUUGGUUUGGUCUGAGCUGCAGGGGGAAACGAAGAUUUUGAAGCUGAAGAACCUGCGUCCUCAAGACUACGCCAACUACAGCUGCAUCGCCUCUGUGAGAAAUGUGUGGGAUCCUGACCGCAGUGUUAUCUUCAGACUCACCAAUAAGACAGCCUCCCCGUCCAUCAAGCUGCUGGUGGAGGAUCCUAUCGUGGUGAAUCCUGGCCAGACGGUAUCCUUGGUGUGCAUCACCACAGGUGGAGAGCCGCCCCCGAUUCUCACCUGGGUCAGCAGCAAUGACAGUCUGCCACAAAGGAGCGUGGUGAAGGGCGGCACGCUCACACUCCCGGCCAUCACCUCAGACGAUCCUGGAUUCUAA